GUGCAUUCUAACUCUAUCUCUUCUUCGACGGAAACCUGGCCUAUUUAAGCUCCUACAUUCCCCGGCAUAGACAACGUACCUAUAGCCAUUUGAUCGCUACCACCGCUGCUUCCAUAACACUGCUGUAAGCUCGUAAGAGAGGAAAAUGGCACGCGCAGCAGCUGCCAGCAUCGUGGUGGUCGCUCUGGUUGCGGUGAUGCUCCUCGCGGCGGCGCACACCGCCGACGCCACCAUCAGCUGCGGCCAGGUGAACUCUGCCUUGGCACCCUGCCUAACCUACGCGCGCGGCGGCACCGGCCCGUCCGCAGCCUGCUGCAGCGGCGUCAAGAGACUCGCCGCUGCCACCCAGACCACUGUCGACAGGCGCGCCGCGUGCAGCUGCCUCAAGAUGGCCACCGGCCGCAUCAGCGGGCUCAAGGCAGGCAACAUCGCCAGCAUCCCGUCCAAGUGCGGCGUCAGCAUCCCCUACGCCGUCGGCGCCUCUGUCGACUGCUCCAGGGUCAGCUGAUCUGGAGAAUGGAGUUAAGGUCACGCCUCUAUAAAUAUACGUGUGUAUAUCGAACAAAAGCUUGGGUCUCCAUGCAUGACGGGCUGUACGAACGUGUGAUCAGACCCUGCGUGUGGUGUGCAUGCAUGUACGUCGAGCCAGCUCUUGACGGCCACGACUGAAUCAAUGUUUAUUUCAAAGUGUGCAAGUGACAGUGUCGGUGGAAUAUAUGUGUCGAGUUGUUAA